GAUCCUAAGUGGGAGGAGGGCGGGCGCCUGAGUUUCCACGUUAUCCGUACAUCGGCGCGGAGCACAAAGGCGCCCGGGGGAGCCGCUGGCGCUCGGAGGCGAGCAGCAACCAUGCCGCGCGUCUACGUCGGGAGGCUGAGCUACCAAGUCCGCGAGAAGGACCUGGAGAGGUUUUUCAAGGGCUACGGCAAGCUGCUGGAAGUGGAUCUAAAGAAUGGAUAUGGAUUUGUUGAGUUUGAAGAUUCACGUGAUGCAGAUGAUGCAGUUUAUGAGCUGAAUGGGAAGGAGCUUUGCGGCGAGCGUAUCAUCGUUGAACAUGCAAGAGGACCGCGGCGUGAUGGGAGCUAUGGUGGUUAUGGUAGUGGUCGCAGCAGCAGUGGUUAUGGAUAUAGAAGAAAUGGAAGAGAAAAAUAUGGGCCACCUGUCCGAACAGAGUUCAGGCUCAUCGUUGAAAAUCUUUCAAGUCGUUGUAGCUGGCAAGAUCUUAAAGAUUUCAUGAGGCAAGCAGGUGAAGUGACUUAUGCAGAUGCUCAUAAGCAGCGUAUGAACGAAGGUGUCAUUGAAUUCAGGUCUUACUCUGAUAUGAAACGCGCUUUGGACAAGUUGGAUGGCAGUGAAAUCAAUGCAAGAAAGAUACGAUUAGUUGAAGACAGGCCCCGUAAUAGACGGUCUUCAUCUGGCAGUCGGUCCCGAUCUAGGUCUCGAAGUCGGCGCCAUUCACGUAGUAGAAGCCGUAGGAGUAGCCGAAGCCGAUCUCGCAGUGCCUCAAAGAGCAGGUCACGCUCUCGAUCACGAGGCAAGGGCCAUUCCAGGUCCAAAUCAAAGACACCUGAAAAGAAAUCCAGAUCAAGAAGUAAUUCCAAAGUCAAGUCUGAUCAUGGCUCUCGUUCCCGAUCUCCAAGUAAAUCUAAAUCUGAUUUGCGUGAUAAGUCAAACAGCAGAUCUAGAUCCCCUCAAGUUAAUGGCAAUGGAGAUACUAAAUCAAUGUCACGUUCAAAAUCCCGCUCAAGAUCGAGGGAAGGGUCUGUUCCUGUGUCACCAGUGAAAUCAAAGCCAAAAUCUGAAAACGUGUCUCCAUCCAAAUCUCAUAGUAGAUCAAUGUCCAGGUCAAGAUCUAGAUCCAUGUCUAGGUCUAGAUCUGGUUCUAAGGAUUAGCAAUAAAUUUAUGACUGAAGCAGUGUGUUGUAAGUUCUUCCUUACAGUAGCUGUACAUGUAAAUGCAACUUCAAGACUCCAGAUUUUUUCCAACCUGGUGUUUUUCUUUCUAGUGUAGAGUGCAGGAUGAUUGUAUAUAAACCUGUUCACUAAAUUGUUAAGCAUAUGUGCAAAUAUAACAAUUGUUCUCCUUCUGCCCCCCCCACACCAAUUAUUAAAGCUUAAAAAAACAAUGUGCUAUUUGAGGGUAGCUUUUUUUAUUUCCCUAUUUUAUUGCUUGAAUACUGCACAAAUUAAUUGUGCAUGAACAACUGCCACAGAACACUGAUAGUUCCACUUCAUUUUAGUGCCAAAACCAUACUUUUUAAAUAUACAAGUAAUGUUUUGAACUUGAGCUGAAAUGACUUGAUUGAACUCCUUGAUAUGGGGGAAAAUUGAUACUUUAAUGGAGAUGGUAAGGUUAUAAUUGUGGAUAAUUGUUCCAAAAAUGCCCAAUGUCAAAAUGUACUCCAUUUUAGGCAGUGUAUAUAUUUUGCUGUACGUACUAAUGAUGUAAUUUUGUCAAGCUUACAUGCAGCUGCAUCUAGCUUCGUGAGCUAAUGACUUGAUUUUGCACAUUCGUAUGGUACGCAAUCAAAUAUACAUGUCCUCCCACAUAAUAUGCAAGUAAUCUAUUGUAAUUUAGUUUGUUGAUCUUUGUGCAGGCCAGCAUUUACAAAUGCAUGGAUUUUUUUUACACCUGGUACAUAUUUGAAAUAUGCAUGGUUUCAAUAAAA